AUGAACCCAGAAGGGUGUCAAUAUGAUCCAUUGUACGGCUACACACAACCACAAACAAGAAUAACAGCAGCGCCAGAUAUUACAACUUUAACACCUUUUGCACCGCAAGCAGCAUCUCUUGGAGAAUAUUCAUCCGCGCAUGCCCUUUCCACCUAUGAUCCCUACAGAUAUCCUUCUUACUAUCCAUCUUAUGGUCCCACUACCGGAUCCACAUCCUUCUAUGCUACAGAUUUAACGCCAUUUUCGACAAAUCGGAGCAAUGCAGAUUUCUCGAAAUCAGUUCGUUCUGAUCCAGAAAUUGCAAAAGAUAUUAAGCAGGAACAGGAUCUUAAAGAGCACACAGCAGAAUUGAUUUCCGCAGUGGGUGGUUCAACCAAUGACAUUCCAGAAGCGCAUGCGGAAUUAAUCCAAACAAAUGCAGAUGUCGCUAAUACUUCAACCGUUGUGCAACAACAUGCUGAAGCUACACAGGUUCCACGAAGACGUAAGUUUCUGGACAGAAGGAAAGCAGCAACAAUGCGCGAAAGGCGACGAUUGCGUAAAGUAAACGAAGCAUUUGAAGUGGUUAAACAAAGGACAUGUCCUAAUCCAAAUCAAAGAUUACCAAAGGUUGAAAUCCUAAGAAGCGCUAUUGAAUAUAUUACAAAACUAGAAAAUAUGCUACAAAGUCAGGGAAAAAUGACGAAAAUUAUGGCUGCUAAUCAAGGAAUUCACUUGCCGGAUAACGAUGGACAGGAUUAUGUCUCUGUGCAUAAUACACCUAGCAAUGGUUCAACGGCAGCUUAUUACGACAGAAAAAUAGGAACAUUUACGGAAGAGAAUGAAGAUUUCGGAAGUGUAAGCACCGGCGAAAACCCUCAUGAAGCAAGGAAAGCAACGGGGAAGAAAAGCUCCUUAGAACGACUAUCACGUAUUGUAGACAGUAUAGCAGCUGAUGAAGAUGAAGUAGUGGUAGAAAGUUCGAGUGAACCUUCUGCUGUCCGAUAA